AGAUCGGCGCUCCUCUCUUUUCACCCCUGCUUCUCACUGGUCUCCUUGUCUUCCUUUUUGGUUUUUGAGAGAUCGCCGGUCUCCUUCACAGAAAACCAAACAUCAUCAUUUAUUCAUUUACUAAUCCACAAAAAUAAAAAUAAAUCAAACAAAUUUUAUCAUCAAUUUAUUUAAUUUAAUUAAAUUCUUUAAAGACCAUUUCUGUGAUCUUUCACCCAUUUUUCUCUCUCUUCGAUAUCCAUGAAAGAUUUCUUGCGCAAUUCUUCGAAUUAUUAAAAGCUCAUAUGUUGGGAUUUGGGUUUGUUCAAUACUAUAAGUACGAAUUGAAAUUGAGAAGAAGGCGGCUUCCAAGGUAUGUUUGGAAUGAUGAAUCAAAGUAUAGGGUGCUGCUGUUGUUUUUGUGAAUUUUGAGUUUUAUUCACGAAUGAAUUGGGGUUUUUGUUGUUAUAAUUAUUGAGAUUGGAUGGGUUUUUGUCCAGUGGAUUGUGGGUGUUUUUGAUGUGAAGAGGGUUUGUUGUGUUUCAUUUUGUUCGAGCUUUCGAGGCCGUUAAAGUUUGGGGUUUUGAGGUUGUGGGUUUUGUGAGUUUGGGUGUAGUGUGUUUGUGUGUGGCUAGGUGAAGAUGACAGAUGUCCGGCCAUUGCAGCAAAAGUCUGAGAGCGCGACUGAUGCUCGGGUGGAUUUUGAGCGUGACCUAGAGGAGCUUAUGCGUGGGCAUUUGGAUGAUUGUAUGUCAUAUGCCACGUGCAGCUCAGCUCGUUAUACCGAGGAUGAGGACGAGGAGGGUGAUCAGCUUGUGCGUAGAAGGCGAAGGUCUGACCUUGAAGGGGAUGAUUUAGCGGAGUCUUCUGCUGCUAGGAGACGACACUCAAGAAGGGUGGCAGCAAGGCAAGCACAAGAAAUGAUUACCACUAUUGAGAGGCGGAACCGGGAGUCGGAAUUGAUGGCUCUUGCAGGCUUGCAUCCUGUUUCUAUGCUUGAUUAUUCCUUUUUAAGGGAAUCUCAGUCUCCAACUUCACGGAGGCAGAGAACUGUAGAAAGGCCAAGUACUCGGGCUUCUGCUCUCUUGCAAAUGUGGCGAGAAUUGGAGGAUGAUCACGUGUUGAAUCGCGCCAGAGAGAGGCUGAGGCAUGAGAGGAGUGUGGAUAGCAAUACUGACGUCUCAACCAUAACAAUGUCGGAAAGCAGGGCAGAGGAAAACCAGGGUAGUGUGGUGGGUGCAAGUGAGAGUGAGCAUGAUUUCGGGGCUUGGUCUCAUGAUCAGAUGGGGACCCACAUUGAACAAGCAGAUAAUAGCAAUUCUAGCAGAGAGCAAUCUCCUGAUAUUGGUGAUGUGGAGAGUGAGAGGGUGAGGCAGAUUGUGCGUGGAUGGAUGGAGAGUGGGAUAAGUGAACGCUCUUCUGAUGCCAUGCAGAGGAAUAAUAGUCCUAGAGAAGAAUGGCUUGGUGAGACCGAGCGUGAACGGGUCAGGCUUGUGAGAGAGUGGGUGCAUACGUCCAGUCAGCAAAGAACACGGGGAGGACGAAGAGAAGAUCAACUUGCUGGAUUAGGCGGCCAGGUUGAUCGAGUUCAAGCUGGCCUUGUUAGCCAUGAAGAAGGCCAGCCAGAGCAUAUUCGGAGAGAUAUGUUGAGAUUACGCGGAAGGCAAGCUUUGAUCGACCUUCUUAUGAGAAUAGAACGUGAAAGACAGGGGGAGCUUCAGGUAUUAUUAGAGCAUCGGGCUGUUUCAGAUUUUGCUCAUCGUAAUCGCAUUCAGUCAUUACUCAGAGGUAGGUUUUUGAGGACUGAAAGAACAACCGAGGAUGAAAGACCGCCUUCGGUUGCUGCAAGAGAACUACUUCAGUUGAGACAAAGAAACACUGUUUCUGAUUUGAGGGAAGGUUUCCGCUCUAGAGAGUCUAGACUAGAAACUAUUGUACAUGGUCAAGCAAGCAGUAACUCUGAGGCCUCAUUUGGCGAUCCAGGAAGUAAUUUUCCAAAUGAUCAGGACCAAGUUGGCAUUCCAAUGGAUGUUCAGGUUUGGAAUUCUGACCAACUGCAAUCAAGGAUCCCUGGUGAUGGGGUUGGUGAGUUCACAAGUAAUACCAUAAACAUGUCUGGUGAAGCCUCUGCUGAUAUCAUGACUGGGGAAGAAAGUGCUAUACCGAGGGGGGAUUGGCAGGAACAGGUUACAGGAGAUGAUCAGAGGAACUCACUGCAGUCAAAUGCUGUGGAGCUUAAUCAAUGGAGUGAUAACCCCCAAUCAAAUAUUGUUGGUAAUUGGCAGGAAGCUGCAGCGUGGCGGCGGGAUUCUCAGGGAAAUGAUGGUGAGGAAGAGAGUACUUUAACUGGUCAACAGAUUUGGCGUGACAAUGGUUCUCGAGCAACAUUGGGGAGUUGGUCUCGAGGGCCUUCUAAUACUCUACGGAUUCGACGUGCAAUUCCAAUUAGACAAAUCAAUAGAUUUCACCCUCCUGACGAUGACAACGUCUACAGCAUGGAGCUUCGUGAAUUGCUUAGCAGGAGGAGCGUUUCAACUCUUCUUCAUAGUGGAUUUCGAGAAAGUUUGGACCAAUUGAUUCAAUCUUAUGUGCAAAGGCAAGGUCGUGCGCCAGUCGAAUGGGAUGUGCAUAGAAAUUUGCCCUCUUCUGCUACAUUACGGCAUGAUCAGGAGUCUCAACCGGAGGAAUCAAAUGCCAGUGAUACAGUCAAUAGAAUACCUCUUGUCAAUCCAUCUCCACCAGUGCCACCCCCUCAGCCCCUCUGGCAACAAAAUACACAUCAUGCUAACUGGUCUAGGCAUGGCAUGCAUCGUUCAGAGCUGGAGUGGGAGAUGAUGAAUGAUCUUCGAGCAGAUGUUGCUAGGCUCCAGCAAGGUAUGAACCACAUGCAAAGGAUGUUAGAAGCCUGCAUGGACAUGCAGGUUGAGUUGCAGCGUUCUGUACGGCAAGAGGUUUCAGCAGCACUUAAUCGAUUUACUGGUGGACAAGAUGCUGAGACUUCAGAGGACGGCUCCAGAUGGGGACAUGUGAGGAAAGGGACAUGUUGUAUUUGUUGUGACAACCAUAUUGAUUCUCUAUUGUACAGAUGUGGCCACAUGUGCACCUGUUUGAAGUGUGCGAAUGAGUUGGUUCGUGGUGGAGGCAAGUGCCCUCUGUGCAGGGCACCCAUUGUGGAGGUCAUCCGAGCUUAUUCAAUACUGUAAUGUAAAUAAUGAAAUAUUUGUAAGGGGAAUGAAAGGAAAAGGGAAUAAGCCUAAGUGAAGAGUAUGAGUGAUGAGUUUUUAUUGUUAGCCAUUCCCAUUCGAUAGAGCUCUCCAUGGCUUUCCAUCUAAUGCCCAUUGUUCCUCUUAUUAUGCACUCGGUUUAUUAUUUGCCGUUUUUUAUUUUGCAUUCCCUCAAUAAUAUGUGGCCAAUUCUUUCCCAUUA